UAUAUUAUUGAACAAGGAAUGAUUAUAAUAUAAACCAAUAAAAAAUGAGAGACUCAAAUUGUUCCAAUUGUUUCACGAUUUAUUUAUUCAAACCCCGUCCGCUUCAACACUAGGCGAGUAAAGUAGCACCGCUACGUUGUUUGAAAAAAACGCGGGUAAACAAAGAUUCAGUUUUAACGGCCAAAAAUGGUCGCCCCACAAUGUAUUCUUACCGAUUUUACAGUACGUUUUCUAGGAGUGUAUUGAUCCAUCCUCCUUUUACCGGCCAUCAAAUUACCAACAUAGAAUUAUAGAAAAUCCAAAAAAAAAAAAAAAUUGAAGAAAAACUCCCGGAGGUUCGCCGGAAAAUCUAUAGAUCGUUUGGAUCUUGAUUCCGCAAUUGUUUAUAAAAGAAAAAGGGAAAGAUCGGAUCUGGAAUUUUCGAUAAUUCUGUGUUCCAUAUUUGAUGGCCAGUAGGGAAGAUGGAUCGCCUGUGAGCACAAUAAGAAAAGGAAACGAAGGUGCAAGGUUCGGAGGCUGCGAUCUGUCUGAAUCCCCCCAAAAGGCCUCAUUCAUAUUUAAAAAGGUGCAAGGUUUCCAGGUGAUAUCCAUGGCGAAUAGUUCUUACAAGGGCAAUAAUGUCCGGAGGCUUCGCUCCAUAUUCGAGCCUCGGACCCCUAGCGGGUCGCCCAAUUCGCGAUCCCUGCCGUCUCCUUGGUCCCCGGUGAAAACCCCGCCCCGAUCCAGCAAAUCCUUGAAUUCCGAUCUGUUGGAUUCGCCGUGGCGGUUACCGGGGACGGAGGACAGAGUCGUGAUCUACUUCACCAGCCUCCGCGGAAUCCGGAGGACGUUCGAGGACUGCUACACGGCGCGGAUGAUCGUGAAGGGUUUCAGAGUGAAUCUGGACGAGAGGGACAUUUCAAUGGACAAAGCGUACAAGAAGGAGCUGCAGAACGUGCUGGGGGAGAAGAAUCCGACGCUGCCGCAGAUCUUCAUCAAGGGCAAGCACAUCGGCGGCGCGGAAGUGAUCAAGCAAUUGAACGAGACAGGGGAGCUUGUCCGAUUGCUGAGAGGGCUCCUUACGCGGCCGCCCGGGUACGUGUGUCAAUGCUGCGGCGACGUGCGCUUCAUCCCUUGCUGCAACUGCGACGGCAGCCGGAAACUGUUCGACGAGGACCAAGGCCUGCUCAGGAAAUGCCCGGAGUGCAAUGAAAACGGCUUGGUUCGUUGUCCUAUUUGCUGCGACUCAUAAUAAAUUAUAUUAUUACUAUUCCCAAUUAUUAGUUUGAUCGAGUUGCAUGCAUUAUUGUUCCCCAAAGGUUAAUUCCCAACCCCAAUUGCCCCCCAUAUUCCGGCUCGGCAGAGCAUUAUAUAUUAUAUUUGAAGCCUGGCCAGAUCAGAAAGCCAAUUUUUUUCCAGAUUGUCAAUCUUU